CCCAGAAGUCAAAUGUAUUUUGCGCAUGCGCAGUUUGAGUUUUCUGACGCUGAUUUUGUUGUCUUAACCCAGUUACUGUAGCUACUUGUCUGCUUGUGUCUGUGAUAAUAACUAUUUAAUACAUGUUGCAGUUAUGUAGUACACAGAAUAAGGACUUUACCCUGCUCUGAUCAGCUAACGUUAGCUCAUGCUAAAGUCUGUUUGUGAAACUAAAGCGGUUACGUUUGACAACCUGCUAGCCAACUAGCUAGCCACAGCCGGACGCUAGCAAACAACCUGGUGUGCGAUGUGUUGCUGUUUGUUUUUUCUCUAGCUGUCUAACUCAGCUGCCAGACGGCUAAACAAACUAGCUAGCUACGUUUUGUGUGGUGUAAAGCAGAACAUACACCGCAGGCAGCUAACUCCUUAUGCUGUUGUUGCUCUCAAGUGUCCAGCUAAGAUGUGGCAAAGUGUCGGGCUCACACUGCUGGUCAUUGUGGCCACACUUGUCUGUGCGCUCCUCUUCAUGCUGUUUGGUUGGUAUGUAGUCUGGCAGCUCUUCCUGUCUAAGUUCAAGUUCCUGCGUGAACUUGUCGGGGACGCCAGCACCCCUCCGGCCGAAACGCAGCCAUCCGAAACCAAGAGCGAACGUACAGCGAACGCCCCGAUACGAAGUAGGCCCAGGACCGCACGCCAAAGAGUCGCCUCUCCAGAAAGCACUUCGUAGAUCAUCCACACUGCCACUGUGUAUCCCUCACGACCCCUCUGGCACCGUGACUGCUCGUCAGCCCUCUACAAACGCCAUGUGUGAUCAUCAGAGGUACUUCCCACUGACCCUGCGCUCUACACUACACAAGGACCUUGUGGACACUCAGUAGUCAGCCCUCCUCUUCACCAAGACACUUUAAACUGACCAGGCAGAUCUCCUGGUUUCAAAGGGAAAAGCCAUUACUGUCCAUUUCUUGAUGUCACCUGUUCAUUAAGUUUAAUUAUGUUCUGAGCAGCAGUCUGGGGCUCCACUUGCGCUCCUCCUGCAAUAGUGACGGCCAGCUUUCACGAGCGGCCACGCUGCUUCCUGCCACCCUUAUGAAGUAUCAGAGGAUGCGCCACUACACAAAAAGAUGUGUUAAUUCUCUUAAUGUUUCUUCUUUGAAGAAAGUAGGCGGUGUAAAAUAUGAGCUCGUCUGCGUCAUUUCAACAACUGAAGAUAAACUGACAGUCAUUUGUACAACUGACGAUUAUAUUUUCUUUAACAAAGUACAAUGAAAGGAAUGUUUAUGCUGUCGUUUAGUUGUUUCCCGCACAUUAUACUCUGCGUAUGAUGGAGUACAAUCCGUGAGGUGCAAACGGUCUCACUAUAAAUAACUUAAUUCCAGUUGUGUAAAAUGUGACCAUGUAACUUUUCCUUCUUUUUAGAAAAAAAAAAGGAUUUAUACUUCACGGAAAUGUUUGUGUUCAGAAGCAGUUCUAAACAUUAUUACCUUAUCUUUAGAGGCAAUGAAAGAAGGCUUCCUGCUGCCCGAGCGGUGUCCGAACCCUCCGGCUCCCUGUGCCUCUGUCUGCACCAGUGCCUGUCUAGAUGGCAUCCACUGUUUGUCACAUGGCCUCCUUUUUGUAUAGCCGACAGGAGCUUUGUUUCCAUUACAAGGCAAAUCAAAGCUGACCUAAUUCAUAUUUAUGUAAUAUUCUCCCUCCAGGUUAAACUCAUGUAAGUCUUGCACCUUUUUAUCAGCAGUGAUUUAUUUUCUUCAGUGGAGCUUCAAAUAAAUAAUGCCAUAAAUAUAACGA